AUGAGAGAGAAGGCAAAUGAGAAUGUAGAACGGUAUGCUCAAUUUAUUUUAAAGCCCCAGAAACCCAUUCAGCCUUACAUCUGCUCAACUCUAAAUGAUUUUCAAGAAGAGAGAGACUUUUUGGCAAACAACAUCUUCCCUCGACUUAAUGAACUCUGCCGUUCCCGGGGCACGUAUUUCAAAGCUGUGGACCUGAGGUGGUCAGCAUUUAAGGCUGAGAAAUCUUUACCUGCCAAUCUGCUUAGACAGUAUUCUUGUGUCUACUCCCAGCAUCUGAAGCUCUGUCUUGACCAUGUGAACAUCUGCUUUCCCUUUUUCAUCUGCAUGCUUGGUCAGACCUACGGAGACUUUCUCCCUGACUACUCACCUUUCAUGUUCUCCAAAGCAACUGACUUGUCAAGUUUAUCCAAAUUAGAACAGAAUCUCUAUGUUGCUGCAAAAACCGGUUAUCCUUGGGUCCUGGAGAAUCCCAACUGCAGUCUGACAGAGUUUGAGGUCAUGCAAGCAGCAUUUCUGAAUGAGUCUCAAUUUCAGUAUUUUUACUUUAGGACUGGAACCACACUGCUGAAGACUUUAAAUAAGGAAAAGGAAGAAAGGCUGUCCUCAGAUUUUCUGAUAAAUGAAGAAGAGAAAUUGAAGAUUGCAAAGCUUAAGGCCAAGAUUAUUAGUAAAGGGCUCCCUGUCAGAUUUUACAGAGAUCUCCAUGAGUUGGGUGAGCUGGUUUUCAAGGACUGGUCGGAUGUGAUAGAAAAACUUUACCCAGCCACUUUAAUGAUUGAAAAUAUAGACUACAAACACAGCUUUGAACGUUUCUAUCAUGAAGAGUUUACUGAGAAGUGCAAGCAAGUGUUUGUUAUUUCCAAGGAAUCAAACAGGAUCUUUGAAAUCUUGGAAAGAUUUGCCCUAAAGGAUGUGGAAGUUGAUGUUAAUGAUGCAGCAGCAGGUUCCAGGUUUGACUCUGUUCUCAGAACAAAUCCUCUUCCAGCUUACAAGUCUAUUUUGCUCUUGUCUGGAGAACGUGGUUGUGGGAAGUCCACUCUGAUUGCCACCUGGGUGAAUUAUUUCAAAAAGAAAUACCCCAGUGCGUUGAUGGUCCCUCAUUUCGUGGGAAGCACCUGUGAAAGCAGUGACAUCAUGUCUGUGAUCCAUUACUUCAUCACAGAACUACAGCACAAAAACUACGGUAUUCAGCUUGAAACGGAUAUUCUUAAUGAAGACUCACAUGUUUUGGUUUUUUCACUUCUUGUUGAAGUGUUCAUUGCUUCCAUCAGUUUAAAGCCAUGCAUACUUGUAAUAGAUGGAAUUGAAGAACUGAUUGGUGUUUAUGGGAUCUCAGGCCAGAAGGCAAAAGAUUUUUCCUGGCUGCCGAGCUUGCUCUCUCCUCAUUGCAAAUUUAUCAUGAGCACUGUCUCCUCCAGCCUGUCCUACAAGUCGCUGUGUGCCCGCCCAGAUGUGAGGACAGUGGCACUCACUAGCCCAGGAGAGGAAGAAACGAAACUUAACAUCUUUAGACAGCAUCUCUCCAUGCCCAACAAAGACCUCUCCCAACAGAGCAGACAAGCUUUGAGGAAAAAACCAAACCUGAAUCCUUUACAACUCACAAUCCUAGCCCAUGAAUUGAAAGAAUGCAGAAUCUAUAGAAAUGAGUUUCAGAGUAUGAGGGAGUACUUGGAAAUGGUCUCUAUUCAGGAACUCUGGGAAUUGAUUCUGAAACGCUGGAUUGAAGACUAUAGUUGGACUUUUAAACAAAAAAAGGCAAAUUUAGACACUGCAGCUUCAGGAGAAGGGCUGGAUGGCUGGGUGGCCGACGCUCUGUGCUUAUUGUGCAUCUCACAUUGUGGCUUGGCUGAGGAUGAGCUACUCCAGCUUUUGGACAUGCUGGGCUACAGGAAUCAUUAUAAAGUGACCACAUUGCACUGGGCUGCCUUCCGCAAUGCCACCAGACAGUGGAUCCAGGAGAAGCCCAAUGGCCUCCUGUACCUCCGGCACCAGUCCCUGCGAAAUGCUGUGGAGCACAAGCUUCUUGGUGUAAUCACUCCUGUCAGAGAAAGCAGUCCAUAUACAUUUCAGAAUCCAACAAAUUGCAGGAAAACAUAUUUUCACCAAGUCUUGGUCAGAUACUUCCAGAAGCAAACCACUUUCUGGAGAGUGUAUCAAGAAUUGCCAUGGCAUAUGAAAAUGAGUGGAUGCUUAGAUGGUUUGUGCAGCUUUCUCUCAAGCCCUAGUAUCACAGACUUUGUAUCAACAAUCCAAAGCCCGAGCUUCUGGACAAGGCUGCACCUCAUUCACUACUGGAAUGUAUUAUUGGAAGCUGGAUACGAUGCUUCUGGGGCCUAUUUAUUCUCAGUGUCCAAGAUUAAAGACAAUCAGUGCCAUAAAAUAAGGAAGAGAUAUACACUCUCAGUGCUGGAAUGCAGGCUUUUUGAGGUCACUGCCACUGAAAAAUGCCGAUUAAUAUUCUUUAUUGGGAGUUUUUUGAAGCUUAUAGGCAAGACCAAUGAAGCUGAAGAGUUGUUCUUGAAUGUUGAGGAAAUGUUAGUCCAGAGCCAACCCAUGACAGAAAUGCUUCUCAGAGUACAGAAUGCCAUCGGAGAGCUCUAUCUUGAAAUUGGGAUGACUCGAGAAGGGUUCCAGUAUUUCCAGAAGGCAUGGUCAAACCUGCUGUGUUUUUCUCUCAGGGACUUAAAAGACAGCCAGGACUUGGUGAAGCAGAAAGUCAGAGUGCUGAAUAACCUGGCAAAGUCAGCGUCUGAGGAGUACUUAAAAGAAUAUCACAUUUUGGAAUAUGCUACCGAAAUUUCCAAGUCAUUGGACAACAACCCCCGUGAUCAAGCUACCAUGAAAUACACUGAAGGGAUUCUGAUGUUCGUUGCGGGAAACACUUCUCUUGCAAAAAUGAAAUUUCUAGAGUGCUUAAAUAUCAGGAGAAGUUUGUUUGGCAAUAAAAACAUGCUAAUCGGAGAAAUUAUGGAAUUUUUAGCAGAUUUACUAUUUUUUUCACUAAGUGAUAAUGAAAAAUCCCAAAGUAAAGCAAUUGAAUAUUAUAAACAAGUGAUAAAAAUAAAGGAAAAUGCAGACACUCUGGCCAGGUCCUCCCUCGUCAGGAAGCAGCUGAACAUCAGCCUCAGCGAUACCUUCUGUAAAUUAGCAGGUCAAUUAUUGACAAGUGACUCUUCUCAUCACGUCAUGAUGGAGGCAGUAGGCUAUUUGUAUAGAUCACUUGAUAGACGAGCGACCUACCUGGGAUCUUCUCAUUCGUCAGUCCACGGAAUCCUGCACCUUCUGAGGGAAAUCGAGCGGAUCCGGGGCAGGAGAUGUUGGCCUCAGGGCAUGAGCCGGCAAUAUCCCGAGGGUUGUAAGAGUGGCUCCUCAUUGUGGGAAUACUUGCUAAAACUGCACUACCACAGCGCUCAGAGCUCUAAUACAGUGAGCUCUGCAAUGUGCAUGAAUACAGCUAAGUUACAGAGGGCUAAAAGCAUGGAGGUGGCACCUCAUACAAUUUCAGAUAAAUCAAAAUGUGCUUCUGGAAAAAGGAAAAAGAUCUUGAGACCCAUUACUUGCAUUUGUGGUGAGGAAAAGAUUCAACGGAAGACACAAAAUAAUGUUGACAUACGGAAUGGCCCAGGAAAGGAAGCGUCAACGAAAAAGAAAGACUAUUCCUCUAACAUUUUUUCUCUGGGUAAAAUGAAUGGUUUAGUAAAGGUUUCAAGGCAAAGGAUUUUGUCAGCUCCAAGUGAGAGUGGAGAAGACAAAACCACAAUUUACCGCCAUCCCCUGCUAGGGCCUCUUAACACAAAUAAACCUUGGGAAUCCAUGGCUGAACUCAUCUCAGAAAAGUGGCUUUUUCAUAGCCCACAUUACAGUUCAACUCCUCAGAAGUGUUUUUUGCAGAGAAGAUCUCAUAUUGAAACAAAAUUGUUGAAGACCUCAAAUGAUACUAAUAAGGAUUAA